AUGGUUCUCGCGGCUGUGGGGCAGCUAUGUGCGACAGCAAGCAUAACUUCUAAUUUGGCUCAAUGCCAGACUUUGGUUCAAAAGGCGGCGGCAGCAGGAGCCAAGGUAUUGUUUCUGCCCGAGGCUUCGGACUAUAUAGCUUCGUCGGCGGAUGAGUCCCUUGCUCUCGCUAGGUCUCCAGAACAAGGAAACUUUCUGUCAACUCUCCAGCAAUCAGCGAAGCUAGCAAAAAUACACAUCAACAUUGGCAUUCAUGAGAUAGCCUCCGAGCAGAGACUCAAAAACUCUCUAGUUUGGAUAGAUGAUAUGGGCGUCAUCACUCAGAACUAUCACAAAGUCCAUCUAUUUGACGUUGACAUCAAAGACGGACCGGUUCUAAAAGAAAGCGCGAGCGUCCAACCGGGAAACCAGAUUCUACCGCCAUUUGAAACCCCAAUAGGGCGUGUCGGUCUAGCGAUCUGUUUUGAUUUGCGUUUCCCCGAGAUUAGUCUGGCGUUGAGGCGUCAGAAGGCCGAUAUCAUCACCUAUCCAUCUGCAUUCACAGUUCCAACAGGAAAAGCUCACUGGGAAUCGUUACUCCGUGCGAGAGCCAUUGAGACCCAGUCUUAUGUGAUCGCUGCGGCGCAGGCCGGUCCGCACAAUGAGAAACGACGGAGCUAUGGUCAUUCUAUGAUUGUCAACCCAUGGGGAGAAAUAGUCGCAGAACUAGGAGACGAUCACAACGAACCCCAAAUUGCGACAGCAGAUAUUGACCUGGGCUUGGUCGCAAAGAUUAGACAUGAGAUGCCCCUCCUACGAAGGACCGACCUCUACCCCGAGAUAUAA